GAUUGGACAGAGUGUCACGUGGGUAUAUCGUCAUACCCGGAAGAAUGACAAUGGUUAUCGGUGCUGACAUUUCUGGUAUCUUACUGCAAAGAGGACACAAACGUUGGCGGGACCAAAAUGGCAUCCUACUUUGAUGAGCACAACUGUGAGCCCACCAACCCCGAGGAACAGUAUCGCCAGAAUGCACUGCUGGAAUUGGCCAGGUCUUUAAUGCAGGGCUUGGACUUAUUUGACUCGGGGGCGUUCGACCUGUCAGACUGGGACCACCGUCUUCCUCCUCCAGCUGCCAAAACAGCUGUUCAGACCCUCACUGUGGUCAUCAUUUCUCCAGAGCAAGCAGACAAAGGUCUCAAGUGUCCCGUGUGUUUGCUGGAGUUCGAGGAACAAGAGACGGUUCGAGAAAUGCCUUGCAAACACCUUUUCCACUCAGGAUGUAUACUGCCAUGGUUGGGCAAGACUAACUCCUGUCCGCUCUGCCGACUUGAAUUACCAACUGACAAUCCAGAGUAUGAGGAGUUUAAAAAAGACAAGGAGAGAAGAAGACAGAGGGAGCACAGGCUGGAAGACCUACAUGGAGCCAUGUACACAUGACAUGACCGUGCUGUGGUGCAAGUUUGUGGAACAGUGACAUUUUACAGAAAAAAAGCUUCAGGAAAUGCUUAAUGGUGCGUUCAUGCCAUUUCGUAUAGAAUUUUUUUUUUUUUUUUUUUUGCAAGAAAUUGUUUGCAAAAUGGCUUUGUAGCCAUUUUGCAAACGAUCCAUUACUGGCAGCUCCAUCUAAAUAAAAUCAAAUAUGUAACGAUAAAAAAAAUAACUUGAAUCUGAUGUGACCUCAAAGCUAGCAUUUGUGGUCACCAUUUUUGGAAUAACGUGUGAGCACUGCUGUUAAGAGUAACAGGGCUUUCCUGUUCUUUGCGUUCAUUUGGCAUGGCGUGAAUGCAGCAUAAGCAACGGGAUCAUUAAAAAGUUAGAAAAUGCUUAUCUUUAAGUUGGAUAAAUGCUCCUUUCUCACUAGUUAGGAUGAAUAUAUUUAAAGAUGAAUUAUGCUGUUUACAGCAGCCCUAAAGCAUUUCUGUUAAGUCAAUUUAUUCCUUCUUUUUAAUAUAAAUCUGAGCUUUAAAACGCACAAACAUUUGUUCAGCUAUAUUUGUCUAAUAUGAAUUAUUCAAAGAUGUGAAUAUUUAAGGGACUCAUUUGUUUUUCUAGAACGUUUAAAUCUAAGAAAGUGUGCAGUAUAAAUGAUAUGCAUUUACAUAAAUUCCAGGUAGUCAUUAAAAAAAUAAAAAACAGCAGCUUUCCAUACCACAGCAAUAAUCUGGGAGAACCCCAUGUCUGCUGUUGGUGCACGUGUGCUAACACACAAUAUUGGACCUGCUACUGCUGAUAUUGGGGGGGGGGGCAUUCGAACCAGUAGUAUGGAUGUAUGCAAGUUAGAACGAACACACACACACACACACACACACUUCAAAAAACAACCCAUGCAAAACAAUAAUUUAUCAUUUUAUUUCAUAUUUGAAUAUAAAUCUCUGUCAAAUGAAAAUACCUAAAUGAUAGACAAAUCAUACAUAUUUAUAGAAUUUAUAAAAGGAAACGAUAAUCUGUGUUGUCGACUUGUUUUCUGGGAUUUCUCGGACUCCAUUACCAUUCUUUUACAUAUUUUUCUAAACAUGACAUACAUUUUUAUAGACAUUGUUUCUGUGUUGCUGUUGCAAGAGUUCAAGACAUGUACAGGUCAGGCAGCCUUUUGUAAAAUAGGAUUCUCCCCCCAACAAAGUGUGUACAUUUGGACAAAAAAAAAAAAAAUUUAAAAAAAAGUUGUAAAAUCCACUUUUAAAAUGUUGGCCUGUGGAAGAUGGUAUUAUGGAAUAGAUGAUGUUACAGAAUAAAUCCAACCCUGAUGAGGGCUCAUACAAGCUGCCAUUUGUAGUCACUGUGUGACUUAGUUACAGUUUGGUGAAACAGGCUACAGCUGAACACAAGAUUAAAAAGAAAAGAUCUGAACAUUCCCCUGGCACAGUACGAGGGAUAAGGCUAGAACAGUGCACUCAUACCAAUUCAUACACCUACUGCUGACACAGAAAAUCAAUGAACACUCCAGUGGAUUCCAGUCCUUUUUGGCAAGAUUUGCAGAACACAGGAUUGCUGCAGUCCCAUAAAAGAUUUGGAAGUUAAAUAAUUUGCACAAAAAGCAAAGAAAACUGACCUGACACAUGAUAACGCAGCUUGUAACAGCAGAUCCAUUGUCCUGCCACAUGCUGAGACUUUGUGGAUUGAGCUAUGGAUUGCUGAGCUGCCAUUACAUUGAAUACUGUCCUCGACCUCAAACCAUUGCGAGAUGGCAAACACGUAGGAACCCUAGCUUUUGCUUCAGAACAUCAAACCCACAGAAGAUAAGAGGUAGGUGAUGUGACCUUUUCAAUAACGUAUUGCUGGCAUCCAGUGGUUACAGUU